CACCACUGUUCAGGUUAUACUAUCUGGUCUCUAUCAUCCUCCAUCAGCUCUAUCCAACUAUCCUAUCGGGACUCCAUCAGGAUGGUGUCAGCUGGACUACAGAUGCUGGGCACGGCCCUAGCAAUCAUCGGCUGGCUGGGAACCAUCAUUAUCUGUGCUUUGCCCAUGUGGAAGGUGACAGCCUUCAUCGGAGCCAACAUCGUCACUGCUCAGGUCAUCUGGGAGGGAUUAUGGAUGAACUGUGUGACCCAAAGCACGGGACAGAUGCAGUGUAAGGUCUACGACUCUCUCCUGGCCCUGCCCCAGGAUCUACAGGCUGCCAGGGCUCUGGUUGUCAUCGCCAUCAUCGCGGGCUUGUUUGCCAUCCUACUGGGUGUCGUUGGGGGGAAAUGCACCAACUUUGUUGAUAAUGACAUUGCGAAGGCAAAGGUGGCUGUUGCUAGUGGUGUCGUCUUCCUCAUCGCUGCCCUUCUGGUCCUGGUUCCUGUCUGCUGGUCGGCCAACACCAUCAUCCGGAACUUCUACAACCCCCUUUUGAUCGAGGCCCAGAGAAGGGAGCUGGGGGCUUCACUCUACAUUGGAUGGGGAGCAGCAGGGCUGAUGAUCCUGGGUGGAGGGCUCCUCUGCAGCUCCUGCCCCCCCAAGGAUGAGAAGAACUAUGAUUACAAAUACUCCAAGGCUGGUGGAUCUGUGGCAAACAGCAGCAAGGCUUACAUCUAGAUGGUUACAACAACCACAUACCACACCACCCAGAGUCUAGGUGAGGAUGAGUGGAUAAGGACCCUGCAUGGGUCAGCGGACUGUGGGGGGAGGGUUCAGUUACUAUGAAUAUCAUUUUGAAAAACAAGUUUACAAUUAGUAAUUCACUCACUCUUGAACACCCACUGUUUAGGAAUUUAUUUUAGCUACUGAUAUUGUAAAAUAAUUUACGAGAUGCACAAACAUGUAAAUAGUUUAUUGUUACUGAAUUACUGCACUCAGCUCUUCAAAACCUGUUGUCAGAACAGAAAUAUAUGCAACUUGUAAUAAAUAAAUAAAUCCAA